AUGAUUCUCAGAGACAUCAUGAGCUACCUAGGCAAAUUCAAUGACAAACCCGAAAACUACUGGGCCUGGAGGUCCGCCUUCUCUAACGCUACUGAAGAUCUGGGUCUGAAGCCUAGUGAGGAACUUGACCUGCUGAUUAAGUGGCUUGGACCGGAAUCUGCAGAGCAUGCAAGGAGAGUGAGGUCGGUUCGAAUCAACUACCCUGGUGAGGCCCUCUGCAUGGUCUGGAGAAGACUAGAGGAGGUUUAUGGAUCGCCAGAGGCCAUGGAGACAGCACUCUUUAACAAGCUCGAACGGUUCCCCAAGUUCUCCAAUAAAGAACCCAAGCGGCUACGUGAACUAGGUGAUCUUCUCCUGGAGAUACAGGCAGGCAAGGAGGAUGGGUUCCUGCCUGGUUUGGCUUAUCUGGACACGGCGCGAGGCAUUCAUCCGAUCCUGGAGAAAUUGCCAUUCAACCUGCAGGAGAAGUGGAUGGUGCAAGGUACAAGGUAUAAAGAAAGACACCACACCAUCUUCCCACCCUUCUCAGUGUUCGCCGACUUCAUUCGUGCAGAAGCAAAGAUGAGAAAUGAUCCAAGCUUCGCUGCUGCAGCGCCCAGCAACACGCCCAGCAACACGCCACCUAAGUGGGAGAAAUUCCCAACAAAAUCAGCUAAAACCCCUAUAGCUGUGCAUAAAACAGAGGUUGACAAUCCUGCCAAGGGUGAUGAGACCAAGGGUUCAGACAACCCGAAGAAAGAGUGUCCCAUACACAAAAAGCCCCACCCCCUACCUAAGUGUAGAGCCUUUCGAGCCAAACUGCUGGACGAACGUAAGGCCUUGCUUAAGGAGAAUGGCAUAUGCUUCCGUUGUUGUUCCUCAACCUCCCACCAAGCUAAGGACUGCAAGGCUAUCAUCCAGUGCUCUGAGUGCAACAGCGAUAGGCACAUUGCAGCCCUUCAUGCCGGCCCUGCACCAUGGACAACAAAGCCAGCUAGCGGCCCCUCUGAAGAGCAUGGCGGGGAGGGAGAGGAAUCUACUCCGGCUUCAGUCACUACCUCAAUCUGCACUGAGGUCUGUGGCGACAGCGCGGCAACCAAAUCCUGUGCCAAAAUCUGUCUCGUCUAUGUGUAUCCUAAAAACCAACCCGAGAGGAAGACAAGAGCAUACGCCAUCCUAGAUGACCAGAGCAAUAGGUCACUAGCCAGGUCAUCAUUCUUUGAGCUGUUCAGCAUAGCUGACAACACUUCUCCCUACACACUCAAAACCUGUGCGGGUGUGUCAGAGGCUGCAGGCCGCAGGGCAAGGGGGUUCAUAGUGGAGUCAGCUGAUGAAAAGACCAGUCUAGCUCUGCCUACACUCAUCGAGUGUGAUCAACUGCCUGAUAACAGGGCAGAGAUUCCUACGCCAGCUGCUGUGAAGUACCAUCCACACCUGAAAUCCCUAACCUCCAAGAUACCUCCCCUUGACCCGAGGGCCGAGAUCUUACUUCUUUUAGGGAGAGACAUUAUUCAGGUCCACAAGGUCCUUGAACAGCGCAAUGGCCCCCCACACGCUCCUUUCGCCCAGCGGCUAGCCCUCGGCUGGGUGAUCGUAGGGGAUGUGUGUAUUAACGGUGCACACGUACCCUCACCUGUGAACACAUACAGAACCUACAUUCAUGAGAAUGGGCGUCCCAGCGUUCUGUGUCCCUGCCUCAACAAAAUUGAAAUCAAAGAAAAGCUCAACCACACUUGUCAGUUCCAAAGUCCUUCAGCCUCAGAGCGGCAGUCCUUACCAAGUGACAAAACGCGACUCAUGGGGGAGUCCAUCUUCUGCCACACAAAGGACGACGACAAGACAGCACCUUCUAUGGAGGAUCUUGCCUUCCUGAGGAUUAUGGACAAGGAACUGAAACAGGGUGAAGACAACAGCUGGCAGGCUCCACUCCCCUUCCGAAGCCCACGCCAGCGUCUGCCAAACAACCGUGAGCAGGCUAGGACCCGUCUCGCUAUGGUCACCAAGACACUCAGGAAACACCCUGAGAGGAGAGAGCAUUUCACUGAGUUCAUGAGCAAGCUCUUCGAGAAUGGACAUGCUGAAGUGGCACCACCCUUACCACCAGAUGAGGAGAGCUGGUAUCUACCGUUCUUUGGGGUAUACCACCCUCAGAAGCCUGGACAGGUGAGGGUGGUAUUCGACUCCAGUGCACAACACCAAGGGGUGUCCCUCAAUGAUGUCCUCCUCACAGGCCCAAACAUGAACAACAGUUUGCUCGGGGUACUGCUGCGCUUCAGAAGGGAGCCAGUGGCCGUGACGACUGACAUCCAGCAGAUGUUCCAUUGCUUUGUCGUACGUGAGGACCAUCGGAACUUUCUGCGCUUCCUCUGGCAUCGCAAUAAUGACCUGGAUGACGACGUCAUUGAGUACAGGAUGUGCGUACAUGUCUUCGGAAAUAGCCCGUCACCGUCCGUAGCCACAUACGGGCUCCGAAGAGCUGCUGCAGAGGGAGAGAGGGAGUACGGCGUAGAGGCGAGGCUGUUCGUUGAGAGAAACUUCUAUGUUGACGAUGGCCUUCUGUCUGUCCCUUCAGAACAGGAAGCCAUCACUCUUCUUCACAACACUCAAGGUAUGCUGGCCCUCUCCAACCUCCGGCUUCACAAGAUCUUGUCGAACAGGGUGGCUGUGAUGAGAGCCUUCCCUCCUGAAGAUCUGGCUAAGGGGAUGAAAGAUCUGGAUCUCAGCACAGACCCCAUUCCCAUGCAGAGAAGUUUAGGGGUGAGCUGGGAUGUUUCGGAAGACGUAUUCACCUUCCAAGUUGCUGAUGCAGAGAAGCCUUACACAAGACGUGGGGUCCUGUCAACUGUUAACAGUCUGUUCGACCCACUAGGUUUCGCUGCCCCUGUAAGCGUUCAAGGAAGGUCCAUACUGAGGGAGCUCACCACAGAGUCAUGCGACUGGGACGCCCCUCUCCCUGAGGAAAAGUACAGAGAAUGGAAGCUGUGGAGGGACUCUCUGAAGGAGCUUGAACAGCUCAAGAUUCCGCGCCAAUACACCUCCAUCUCUCUCCGUCAAGCAUGCAGUAAGGAGCUGUGUGUAUUCUGUGACGCUUCCACCAUUGCUAUAGCUGCUGUCGCCUACGUGAGAACAACCGAUGCAAGCAGUAAUGUUGAGGUUGGCUUCAUGUUUGGCAAGGCAAAGCUUGCUCCACGUCCAGAAACGACAAUUCCAAGGCUCGAGCUGUGCGCUGCGGUCCUGGCUGUAGAGAUUGCAGACGUGAUUGUGGAUGAGAUGGACACCAUCUUUGACGCUGUGACCUUCUACUCAGACAGCAAGGUGGUCCUAGGCUACAUUCACAAUGAGUCAAGACGAUUCUACGUCUACGUGAGCAACAGGGUGCAGCGCAUCAGGAGGUCAACAAGCCCUAAACAAUGGAAGCACGUGCCCUCCAGCCAAAACCCUGCAGACCACGGCUCACGAUCAGUCCCAGCAGGCAGCCUAACUCACACCUCAUGGCUGUGCGGACCACCAUUCCUGUUGACAUCAGCUGAAGCUGAACCUGCACCUAAUUCCUUCAACUUGGUUGACCCCAGCUCUGACUCUGAUGUCCGCCCACAGAUCACUUGUCAUCUCAACAGGGUUACCAGUGGCAAACUUGACCCUAUGCGUUUUGAGAGGUUCUCCAGAUGGCGGUCACUCAAUCGAGCAGUUGCUAGGCUUGUGCAUGUUGCCCACUCCUUCAACCAGGGGAGCAGAUGCAAGGGUUGGCACAUCCAUGAAGAGCUCUGUCCCACAGAAGACUUGGAGGAAGCAAGAAACAUCAUAAUACGGGCCGUCCAACAAGAUGCCUUCGCGGAGACUUUGGAUUGCAUCCGGGGAGGAAUAGCCAUUCCUAAGCAAAGCCCACUCCUCAGCCUGUGUCCUUACCUUGACAGUGCUGGCAUUCUCAGGAUUGGAGGACGCCUGUCCAAGGCAAACCUGGAUGGAAAAGAGGUCCAGCACCAAGGGCGGCACCUCACCGAGGGUGCUGUGAGAGCGGCAGGCCUGUGGAUUAUCAGUGGGAAACGGCGUAUCAGCAGCAUCCUUCAUCACUGCGUCACAUGCAGAAGACUACGCAGGAAGAUGGAGACUCAAAAGAUGGGCUUCAGGGGGCCAGCGAAACAGAUCAGAAGCGAUUGUGGCACCAACUUCGUUGGGGCCUGUAAGGAGUUGCAGAUGGACUCUGUGACUAGUGACAAGGAGGUGCAAGGAUAUCUCAGUGACAAUGGGUGUAAGUGGAUCUUCAACCCACCACACUCUUCCCACAUGGGGGGCAGUUGGGAGCGGCUAAUUGGACUGGCAAGGCGUAUCCUGGACUCGAUGCUGUUGAAGGCCGGCCCAGCAAAGCUCACGCAUGAGAUCCUGACAACAUUCAUGGCAGAGGUCUCAGCGAUCCUGAACGCCCGUCCACUGGUUCCUGUGUCCACAGACCCUGACUCCCCAUUCAUCCUGACACCAGCGACACUUCUCACACAGAAGGUCAGUGCCCUUCCUCCUCCCAAGGGUGAGUUUGACGAGAAGGACCUCUACGGCAAGCAGUGGAGGCAGGUCCAAAGCCUCGCCAACACCUUUUGGCAUCGAUGGAGGACAGAGUACCUCCCCACCCUGCAGAAACGCAGGAAGUGGGAAAAAGAGAAACGCAAUCUGAAAGAAGGUGACGUCAUCCUCCUGAAAAACGACCAGUUGCAGAGAAACGACUGGCGUCAUCGUCAAGACCUUCCCCGGCACCGACGGGAGGGUAAGAAAGGUGGAGAUCAAGACUGCGAGGGAUGGGUCAAGCAAGACCUUUCUGCGACCUGUCUCAGAGGUCGUCCUACUCCUCUCCCCAGAGACUGA